AUGAAUAACAGCUGACAAAUGACGAGUGACUUUCCUCAGUACAUGAUAGACCUCCUUUUGGCUGGCAGUGUGAUCAUCAGAGCGUAUGGCUGUGACGGUGAGCACCAUCAGUCUCCUCUUCCUCCUCCUCCUUGUUGGGGGUUCUCUGAGCAGCCCGCAGGAGACAGAGAGAGGCUGCAAGAAAUGGAAAGUCAGGGACAAAGUGGUUUGCUGUGAUGAAUGUCACCCAGGCAACCGUCUGGUUACUUACUGUGGCGCAAACCCUCAAGAUCUUUGCACUCCUUGUGAAACCGGAACCUUCACACAGAAGCCCAGAGUGUUACGGUGUUCCAGGUGCACUCAGUGCGAAGGUGCACAGGUUCUAGUGAAGAAGUGCACAACCACCAGAGACACACAGUGCGGAUGUAAAGAUGGACUCCUCUGUGGUGAUGACCGCUGCUCCUUCUGUUUUAAAAAGUGCAGCAAAGGAGAGGAACCCACAGAGAAACGCUCCUGUAGAAAAUGUGCAAAUGGAACCUUCAGUGACCAAAAUCAUCAGCAGUGUAAACCCUGGAGUACAAAGUGCCCUUAUCCUGAUGAGCGAAUUGUCGCUGGUGGGGAUGCCUUCAGCGACAUUAAGUGCAGCAACAUUUCACACAGCAGUUUGAAAGCACAUGAUCAUAAAGAGCGUGUGUGGCCAAUAGUUUUGUCAGUGGUCCUGAGCGUCUGCUUGGUUCUGAUCAUGGUUGUCAGCAUUCUUAAGCGAAAAAGGAAGACCACGGAGAAAAUGACCAAACAGCCAAUAAUAAGAACACCUACAGAUGAUCCUGAGACAUUAAUGGCAACUGAAUGUAGUUUCCAUGAAGCCGAGGAAGAGCAGGGCAGCAGCAGCUCUGAGUCCUUUGUCUCCAAAGAGUCCCAGGACCACCUUUUGGCAUGAAUGAAAGCAGACAAACCUGUUACUCUUUUACUAAAUUCGACAGAAGGAACCACAACAUCCUGCAAUAGACAGACGAUGCUGCUGUCUUCUGUUGAUCCUUUUUGACCUCUCCAAAGGACAAAUGCUAUGGGUGACACUGUCUGGGGGAAUUCUGUGGAAAACAGGAAGUGCAUCACCUUAAUGACAGCCAAGUGACUUUGCGGUAUCACAUGAAAAGAUGACACCACACCCAGAUGAACAACAUUAUGUAGUUUCACCUUUGUGCUACAAACAACAUAUCAAAGUAUCACAGCAAGUAUACCAUUGUAUGUGUGCGGUGAACAAGGUCACGUUCACUCAUGCGUGUAAUAAGAGACAUUUUCCAGGAACUUGUGGGGUUUCCACCCCCACCCCACCCCAUCUUUGUUUAAAUGUCAGUGUGUGUUUGGCGGGGGCAACGGUGGUAGAUUAGAGAUACAUGGAAAUUAUGUUAUCACUCAGCCAAUCCACCUUAAAUGAGGCAUAUACAGCAUUUAAUACAACAAUCCACUCAUGCUGUGACUUGCUUGCUUGCGCAAAAGCAACAGCAGGUACAGCUGAGAUAGGCUCCAGCUCACCCUAAUGAAGACAAGAUGAAUAGAUAAUGGAUGGAUGCAGAUUACGUCCCAACGUGUGUGAGUCAUGUUCCGAGAUGGUUUCUAGUGAACCCUUCAGUAGAAAUGCACACAUCACAGCUUGAACGGGACAAACAAGAUGUGGAAACCCCCCUUACAGCAUAUCCUGUGCUUAUUUUGUCUACCCUUGCACUCACUUGAGUGGGCAGUUGAGAGCAAGGGGACUUUUUUUUUUUUAAUUAACACUGCUUCUUUCUGACCUUUGCAAAAUGCAUGAAUGAGGUGAAAUGUAACAUUUACAGUGUGUCCCGUGUGGGUCUUGUGGUGCAAAUGUUGGUGAACGUAUGAGUCAAAAGCAACCUUACACAUACUGUACAUGAAAGUUUGUCUGUUCAUACAAUUAGGCCUCAUGGAAUGUAAAAACAGCCGAUAAAACAUUAUUUCCAUCAAGAAUAGAUUUCAUUUUUAGAAAUGUUUUUUUUAAAUAGAAGUGCUUUAUUUGUGCAACAAAAGAAAGAAAACAUUUUCAAAAAUGAGUUUAAACCUGUAAAGGUAUGCGUAAAAGGAACAAAGAGACCACUGAGUGUACCAAAAAUGAUGUUCUUUUGCAGUUUUAGAACUGGACUAAUAAGAACAUAUUCUACGCUUCAUAUCUUCAGUGUUCAUAACAGUUCAAACAUGAUGAUCUGUGACAACCCGGAUCCAAAGAGUCUUCGGAGUCUGAAGUUACUGUAAAUGUUUCUAGAGCAGAAUUCAUUUACUCCCAUUUAGCUGAAAUCAUUUGACUGUCAUUGUACAAUGCAUGCAUACCCAAGUUUUGGCAGCAAGAAGCAGAUGGGUCAUCACACUAACUUGUUUAGAGCGGGGACUUCAAAUGAAAGGACACGUGCGUGGUUUGUCGUUGCAGCUGUGUGUCACAAGUUAGCAAAUAAAAAUACAUGUAUGCAGUAAACUUUUGCACAUUUUUUUCGUUAACCUCAAUGAAAAAGGCUUUAUUUCCUUUAAUAGUACAGCUAAACGAUACAAAAAAUAUCCAGAUGUACAUGAAUGUGCUGGUUGUAUUCAAACCAAUGUUGCUACAAGUAACAAAUAUAACAAACGUAUAUUGUUUAAAUAAACAUUCAAAUGAAACUACAAAACAUGCCAGAAUUCCCUUUAACAAUUCCAGUUCAUUGUUUACAGGAAUAUUCUACAAUGGUCUUAAGUGCUGGUGGGACUUCAAAGUUAAUGUCUGCAAUUUCCCAAACUAUUGGCAACAAGUGAUAUUUAGUGUAAAAAAGUCAUAGUGCUAGAGUCUGUGCUGUAAGUUUAUUGCUGCUUACAAUUUUCCUUCUUUUCUUUGGGUUUAGCACGUCCUGGUUUCUCUGCUGGACGCUUGGUGGGCGGGAUGAAGGUCGGCUCCUCUGGAAAGUCGUGCAGGGAGUUGGUGGGAAGUGACUGACUGAUAGGGCCUGCGUUGGAGGAAAAGGACGUGAACGUCUACCUAUUGUUAGCAACGAAGCAAACUAAGUGCUAUUUGUCCGGUUUACACUACCGGUUUGUCCCAUUUGGAGGAUGUCUGCUCCUUGGCUCCUGGCCUGGAAGGUCGGGUCCAGCUCCUCCGCAAUGUUCCUUAGCUGCUGGGAUUGUCUGGAAAGACAACACUUGCAGGUCAGCAUAGGACAUGAAGUCAAAAUAGAAACAGGACAUGUUGCUGCAGAGACAAGUACGGUAGUGUGGAGAUGAUGCUAGAAGGCUGGUUCUCUGGGGGGCAGUCCUCAGUGGGAGAGGGAAGACCCUCAGAGUCAAGCCUCUCUCUGUGCACCUGACAAAGGACAACAGGAACACACAAGGCUGACAGCUAAGACAGUGUGUUGUUUGAACUGUCUUUGUCAAAAACUGAAUUCUACGAAUUCGUACCGGGGCGUAUGAAAAGUGAGGUACCACACCAGUGUGACAACUGCUAAUGUUCUUACAUAUAUCAAUGGAUCCUUGCUUUGAAAGUUUGAGGAAGCUCAAUUAAGAACUAUUCCUGACUAACAUGCAAGAUGUCUCCCACCUGUCUCUCUCUUGCAGUUCUCCUGUCGUGAUGACUCAUCAUGGCUCUGUGCUCACGCCAUGAUGCCGGUCCUUCUAACUCACGUGAUCUGCGAUUUGACUUUACUUCUUGAUUUUGCAUGUAAUGAGCAAUUUCCUAAAGAAGAAACAACAAUGGGACUCAUUCACCAGUAUCAUUCACCAGGAGCUGAAGAGAAAAAAAACUCUGGUAGCACAGAGGUGGAGGUACUGCUGCAGGAAAUGUGCCACAGGAAAAAGAUUCUAUUCAGUAGACUUAGCAGAGGUUACACCAACAAACAGCAAGCAUGGGAAGCUGUCACACUUGCAGUGAACACCGUAUCAGGAGGACACAACAGAGGAGGUGAAAAAGAAAUGAUUUGACCUCAAAUGUAACGCCCAAAAAAACAUUGCAAAAUUCCGACAGGAGAUGCAACGGACAGGAGUGGGAACAGCAAACACCCAAAACCUGUCUGAGUUGGACCAGCGUUUCAGGGCCAUCAUCAGGAAGACAGCACACUGAGGUAGGCAAUGGGAAAAAUCUAGUAUAUCUAGUAUAGUAUUUUUUUUUAAGUUUAACUUACCCACCCUACUUUUUAGGAGCGCCAACAACAGAGUCUGGAUACAGACCUGGGCCCGUGUUCACAAAGCAUCUCUGAGUCCUCUCAGAGAGCUCCUAACUUUGCCUAAAAAUUCCUCGCAAGGAAUGUUAGCUUAAGAGUGAUUAAGGAACUUUCUGAGUGCAACUCUGAGCAAGGAGAGGACGUAAAUUUUCAUCUUUGUGAGAAGGUGUGGUUGACCCCGUUGCUAGGGAUGACACAGUCUUCUAAGAGCUGUGAUUGGUUGUUACAAAAAGCAAAUACACUAAAAUUAAAAAAAAAUCAUAUAACUGGGAGUAUAUUAAGAAAUGUAUAAUUGUGACAUUAAUUGUAUGUCAUGAUGAUAAAACUCAAAAUUAAAUUAUGACUCAGCUUCAAAAUGUUUUCAUGUACCUCAUUCACAUGCCCAUUACAUUGAUAUGCUUAUUGUGAUGUUUACUGUCCAUGCUGGUAAUUUUGCUACUUAAUAUACAGUAGAUUGCCAAUGAUGUGAGGCUAUGGCAGAGGGUUGUGACAGACCCAAGUCAUCACUGCUGCAUUGUUGCAUUUUACCUGAGGCCAGGUAUCGCAAUGUUGCGAUGACUUUCCUCUCAAGCGUUAUAGCGUAACUAUGCUGGGUGGGACUAGUAACUUCAUCCAUGAUGAGCUCCACCACAAACAUUAUGCCUGUACGAUCGAACCGAUAGCGUGUUAUUAAAUCACUGUCAUUUAGCAUACGGAAAAUAUUACAUUAGAUUGUACUUUAUUUACUCCACAACGGGGAAAUUUAAAUGUUACAGCAGCAGAAAGAUACAAAAAGCAUAAAAUACCAAAUACCUAUACAGAAAAGAUAAACAAUCUUCUAUGAAAAGUCUACUAUAAACAUACUAACAAUAUAUAAUAAAUCUAUAACAUAAAACUUAGCCAAGUGAGUAAAGUAUGACAU